CUCAUUGUACUUUACAAGAGAAAGACACGACAGUUAGUUCCACAUAGUACGUGUCAAUUAGAUUUUGUUAAAAUUUGCGUCAUCUUAGUAACAGUUGACUCACACAUUCAUUCUGCUAUGUAAGUCUUAGUAUUGGGAGCAGAAAAAAAAAUUAAAAUAAAGAAUCGAAGUAAAGGAGAACAUUAUCAAGAUUUCAAGAAAAAAAUCAAGCAUGUGGAUUAUUUUAAGUAUGUUAUUGUUUUCAGUCACCUUCACUGAAAGUCUCUUUUUUACGAAAGAGAAAAACCCAGAUGAAAUAGAAAAAGCGGCCCAGAAAGGUAUCGACAGCAAAUGUCUGUUAAAAAGUGCAACAGGUGACUGUACUUACUACACUUGUAUCAAUGACCGCUAUCCCUGUGGCAGCGAAGGCUUUGCUAUCCGGUUUGGACUCUAUUAUUGCAUGAGGAUGCGGAAUAAAAUUAACAGUUUAAAUGCUGCAGGAAGAGUUUGGGCAAAUUCCACCCUAAGGUGCCAGAGUGAAGCGCUGAACCCACUGUACCAGUCCUCAUCUCAAUCUUGUAAGUCUAUCUCUGAUGCAGGCUUUGAUGCAAUGCAUCGCUGCUUCAUAGAAAAUAAUUUCUGUGACAUAAACUGGGAUAACCGAGAUGCAAUAUGGGAUAUAUUUGACGCCACAGAUUUGGGGCCAGGAUCAGCUGCAUCACAGAAAAUGUGGUCAAAAGUCUUGAAGACAUCCGGAAGCUGCUUAUCUCGUAGAGCAACACAGUUUUCUGAUUGGCUACGAGAAAGAACAGAAAGCAUUGGACAAGUAAUUGAAGACUUUUUCCGUGGAAUUUUGGAAAAGAUUAAAAAAUCCAUCAGAGAAUGAGGUCCAUUGAGUAUAUAAAUAACAAAAGAGGAAUUUUACAAUGUAAAAGUAUUAAUAAUCCUGAUUAUGUUGACGGCGAAGAUUAUUAUUAUUAUUAUUAUUUAUUAUUAUUAUUAUUAUUAUUAUUAUUAUUAUUAUUACAAUUGAUUUAAGAGUAAAAAUGACAGGUUUAUACUUUUCUAACACAAUCUGUUUAAAUUAUGGAAAGGAAUUUUGAUUCAGUUCUUUUAUUGUUAUUUAUUUAUUAUUUUUUGAAAUAGUUGAUUGAAUAUUUUCACUUGCUAAAUCUGAGACAUUUUCAUAAAACAAAACUGAAGCUACAAAAUAAAUAAAUACAAAAAUAAAAUUAAAAAAUAUAAUUCUGGAAUUAGCAUUUAAACUCAGACAUAAGAUUUAAAAAAAUUUAUUUUUUGUUGUUGGUUCUGAUGAAAAUUUCAGUUUGAUUGAUAGAGGCACAUUGACUGUAACUGAGUUACAAUGUUGUCUAUAGACCACAAUAUGUUAAAAUCCCACCAAGGUCAAUUUUGCCUUUCAUUCCCCUUGGAUCAACAAAAUAAAGCCCCAGUCAAAUAUUGAGAUAGAUUUAAACCGAUUAACCCCUAACUCCAAAUCUGUGGUCUUGUGUGUAUGUUAUAAAUUAUUAGUAUUAAAAAAUGUUGGAAGCUGGCGGAAUCAUUAGUGUUAUCGGAAGGAACAGUUUUUCUUCUUGGCUCUUUAUUUUCCAAGCUGAAAAUCUUGCUGAAAUCAACUUUAUCUUUCAUCUCUCCAAGAUUGAUGACAAAAUACUUGUCAAGUAUUGGAGUAAAUUGCAUUAGCUAAUUCCUUCCCUCAAAACUGCCAGUUUUGUACCUAAAUUGAAAACAGUUGUUAGUAUUAAUGGGAAUAAUAUUUUAAUACCCUAAUCGCAUUGAUUCUGUUUAUGAUUUGGUAGUUCCCAUUUCCAAUAAUUUCAUUCCCAUUUGUCUUCAGAUCCUUAUUUGUCAUAUUUAUGUUCAUGUGCUCUGGUUAGGCUUGUUAUUAUUCUUUUCUUCUUUCUUUCAUGCCUGUCUCCAAUGUUCUUUAUUUGAACCUUGCAUGAAAUAACAAUUAGCCAGUAGUUCAAAUCCAAACAUGUACACAUGUACAUAAACAUUACAAAUGUGAUCAUUGGAAAACAAGUUGUUUGGAAGUUUAGGAAUUUAACCAAAACAGAAUAGGAAAAAAUUAAUGGUUUCUCCAAGUUCCAAUCCUGUUUCAAUAUUGCGUGAUUGUCACAGGAAGGCACCAUCCAGCUGGGAAAUCAAUUUACUCCAAUAAAACAACCAUUCGAUCCAUAUUAGCCUGGAAAUUUAGAUGUACACUA